AUGGCAGCGAUUACUAUACCUCUGGGUGAAAAGCCGGAGGGCAAGGAGGUGGAGAUGCCGGCAGAGCUGAGAUACAUCCAGUACGAGCACGCUCUGGAAAAGAAAUACCUCCCCUCGAUCCGGGCCAUCAUUUCCAAGGACUUGAGCGAGCCGUACAGUAUAUAUGUGUACCGCUACUUCCUGUAUCAGUGGGGGGAUCUGUGUUUCAUGACCCUCAAACCCUCGACCGACACUCUCAUCGGCGUGAUAGUCUGCAAGCUCGAAAACCACCAGGCGCACUCGCCGCCCACUUUCCGCGGUUAUAUCGCCAUGCUCGCCGUCUCCUCCUCCCACCGCAACCACGGCAUCGCUACUACACUGGUCAAGAAAGCUUUGGACGCGAUGAUCGAGCGUGGUGCGGACGAGGUGGUACUGGAGACGGAAGAGACGAAUGUGCCGGCCAUGAAGCUGUAUGAGAGACUGGGUUUUAUCAGGAGUAAGAAGCUGCAUCGUUACUAUCUCAAUGGGAGCAGUGCAUACAGGCUGGUGUUGCAUCUGAAGAGGACCCAGGAUAUGAUUAGGGAGGGCCAGGUCGAUUGA